AUGAAGUUCCUCAGCACCCUUGCCCUCCUCGUCGCGACCGCAACCGCCACCCCGGUCGCGCGCUCCACCAAAGAAUUCCACCUAAAGACCAGCGGCGCCCAAAACGAAGCCCACAAUGACCUCUACCUGCAAACCUACCACACAGGUGCGGGCCUGAACGACGCUGUCUUCACCAAGGGCAGCGACAAGGCCAGCCCCGUCUACUUUAACGGCACCCAGGCCCUGGUCGACCUGCAGUCCGAGUUCCCCUGGGGCAUUGUCGCGACCGGCGACACCAACUACGCCGGUAAGUACCACGGUUCCCGCCCCGACCUCGAGAUGUAUGCGCUAAUUACGUUCGAUGGGUUAGCUUGGGAGCCUGUUGAGAUUAAUGCUGGUGGUGGUAGUAAUGGGUUUGCCAUCAAGGAGGGGAAGUUUGUUUGGUCGGAGCAGAAUGGGUUUGGGGGGUGGUUGGCUUGCGAUUGGUACCAUGGUGUGCCGCAGCUGUUCUAUCUGAACCGCUUUUACAACGCUACUAUCCCCUCCAACUGCGACAAGGUGGAUCUUAAGCCUGUUGCUGUCUAA